UGCGGUCGACAAAGCAACGUGCCAAUAAUAACACAAGCAGUUCGGGUGUUGUUUAAGUGUAUACGGUGCCGGAAGGAAAUGCGAAAUCAUCGGGAAAUGAAUUCGAAUGUGCGCGAGUGGAUUCGGCCGAUGCUUGUUUGUGUGUCACCUGCCUGAUUCAAUUGACUUGAGUGUGUCGUCUGUUACGUUUCAUUUCUGAAGACGGCAAUAUCCAUCAAUCGGGAAUGGUUUUACUUUCUGUCGGAAAGAAAACCAAUUAAACAAGAAUUAGAAUUUAAAAAAUGAACGACGUAAUGUGGACGUCUGGAUCGAUGACGACGACAGAUCUAUCCAAAGAUUUAUUUGUGACUGAACCUCUUCUAAAUUCUACCGAAACGAACGUGUCGAACACGAACUCGUCGCUGCUGAUUAUUCCGGCGUUCGGUGACGUCGAGUUGGAUCUCUCCGUCAUCGAGCGUUUCCGCUCCAACAGUCGAGUCAACGAUGUCGCCUUCUUCUGUCUCAUAGCGGCUUACUGUACCCUCAUCAUCUUCGGAACGAUUGGCAACUCGCUCGUCGUUUACGUCGUUGCCCGUCAGCCGGCCAUGAGGACGGCACGCAACGUAUUUGUCGUCAAUUUGGCCAUCUCCGAUUUACUUCUAUGCCUCAUCACUAUGCCACUAACGUUGAUGGAAAUCCGGUCGUACACUUGGCCGUUGGGCAACUCGCCCGUCUCGUGCAAAAUGGUCGGCUCGUUGCAGGCCGUCUCCAUCUUCGUUUCGACGCUCUCCAUCACGGCCAUCGCGCUCGAUCGUUACCAGUUGAUCGUCUACCCGACCAAGAAGAGUUUCCAGCUGACGGGCGCUUUGCUGGCCCUGGCCGGCAUCUGGACUCUCGGCGUCGUUUUGGCUCUUCCUCUGUUUAUCGUCCGCACGCUGCAGCAUCACGACAUCCCCAUACCCAAUUCGCCCAUCACUUCCGUCGACUAUUGUCUGGAAGAGUGGCCCAACGAGAGGGGCCGUUCUCUUUAUUCCAUCGGCAGCAUCUUGAUCCAGUACGCCCUGCCCAUCAUCACCGUGUCGGUGGCUCACGCUCGCAUCUGCAACAAACUCCAAGUGCGGAUGGCUUCCAUGAGCCAUCAGCAACAGCAGUCGACGCGUCAAACGGCCAGCGUCACCAACGGCCAGCAAAAUCCUAACGACACUUCCACCGCUGCCCGUGCGGUCGCCCGCGAAGAGAAACUCCGCAAAACCAACACGCUCCUAGUGGCGAUCGCCAUCAUUUUCACUAUUUGUUGGUUACCGAUGAACACGUUCAACGUCGUCGUGGAUACAUGGAACGUUUUUGGCGAUGACACGGAAACGAUGCUGAUUGUCUACGCAGUUUGUCACAUGGUCGGCAUGUCCUCGGCCUGUGCUAAUCCGCUUCUUUACGGCUGGUUGAACGAUAAUUUCCGUAAAGAAUUCCACAAGAUCGGAACUUCUUUUGUUGCCAAAACUAUGAAAACAAAAGCUACGAAUAGUAACGCCAAUCGUUCGGCGUUACCCAGCGUUCACGCGGCAAGUAAGCGACUCGAAGCGGAGUCUGCGGCCGAGAAAGACGGGCAAAAUCAAUCGAUUGUUUCUGCAUUGCCACAAGCGACAGGUGCCACCACAGCCGUUACCAUGUUACCAUCGCCGACGGGUGUGUCUCAUUACCGGACGGAAGUGAUGGUCGUCACUCAUUUGGUGGCCGAACCUGCGGCUUCCGUCUAUCGGGUCAACGAGAUUAAUUCGACCGUCUCUCAGGAGCAACACCUUUGACUGACGAAGUCGAUUAACGAUCGAUUCAUUUGUUCUCGACUUAAUUAGCGAUGCUCAUUUGUUGAUUCAAAUAGGCUAUUAAGCCACUAUCUACUAUAAAUACACCCACGCCCUUUUCUCGUUUUAUUACUCUCUUUUGUACCAUACGUGUCUGAUUUUUACGUAAUAUGUACGAUGUAUAAAAGAGCUUUGAUGACAUUGUCUGCUAAUUAAGUUAUGCCAUUAGUCCUUAUUUUUUUUUUUUUUAAAUAGUGGAUCUAUUCUUGUCCAUACGAAUAUUGAGAUGCUUAUAUAACUGUCAUUGAAAGAGCUUUGGGAGGAACAACUAUAGGAUUGCAGCUGAAUGGUAGAUAGGGGAAUAAAACACGUAACUCUCUUUGUGUAGAUGGCCUCACAUGUUGUAUAGUUGAGCUGUACAUUUAUGCACAUUGCUCUAUUUAUAGAAAAUCUUGGUUGAGAUUGGAACGAUGGAAAUGAUCCCAAUCUGAAAAUGUAUACUUUUAUUUGGAUUGAAUUUCCCCGUGAUUUUGUAUAAGGAGCUUCUCGUAUACAGCAUUUUGCAUGGUGUUAUAUUUAUCUUGUUGCAAUUUUCGAUUUUGAGUUUCGUAACUGUAAACGGCACAUGUGUCUGGAAUGUAGUACAUCCGACGGAUAAUACACAUUCUCUCGUUACUUA